AUGAUUAGAACAAAGCUUAUUACAAUUUUUUCCUUCACAGUUGGUCUCUGCAAUGGUGUUCUCGGUCUUCAAAAUGGCCGUCUAAAGAACAAACAAAUCACCGCUUCGUCUUCGUGGCCAGGCCUUUACACUUGGCGCGCGAGACUGCAUCACAGUCAGGCCUGGUGCGCGCGGUAUAACAAUCACAAUCAGUGGCUCAAGUUUGACUUCCUCCGGCCCACUAAAGUGACGGGAAUUGCCUUACAGGGAAGGUCUAAUGUGCACCAGUGGGUUACUCGGUUCCUUUUGCACUCUAGUCUGGAUAAUGUGCAUUGGAAUGUGUACAGAUACAAGAACAAUGACAAGUACUUUCCUGGAAGCCGCGAUAAAGAUUCAGUGGUGACUCAACCAAUAAACCCAGCAAUCAUUGCAAGAUUUGUGAAAAUCCAACCACGUGGCUGGCGCAGUCAUAUUUGUAUGAGAGUUGAAUUUUACGGCUGUCCAGCAGACCGUUGCUUUGUACCUCUCGGAAUGCAAGAUGGCCGCAUUACAAAAUCCCGUCUCCGCGCAUCUUCCAUGUACAACUGGUACUAUGGACCAUACAACGCCAGGCUACAAGCGCGGAACUAUGGCUCUACACGAGGAGGCUGGAUCGCUAAAAUAAGAAACACUCAGCAAUGGAUUCAGGUUGAUUUGGAAAAACCUUCCACACUAAAAGGCGUGGCUACUCAGGGUCGCUAUGACGCAAAUCAGUAUGUCAAGUCAUACCUUAUCACUUACAGUGGAAAUGGGAGGCGAUUUUAUCCGUACAAAGAAGGGAGCCGAACAAGGAUGUUUAAUGGAAACAGUGACAGAUACCACGUUGUCCCGCAUCGUUUUGUAAAACCAUUCAGGGCUCGGUACGUGCGACUUCAUCCGAAAUCCUGGUACGGAUAUAUAUCUUUGAGAAUGGAACUGUACGGUUGUAGACACGGUCCUCUGUGUAACCGACCAAUGGGAAUGCAGAAUGGUCGUAUUCACAAUAGCAAAAUCACUGCCUCGUCUUUCUGGGACCCAUUCCAUGCCGCAUUUCGCGCCAGAUUACAUCAUGGUAAAGCUGGACGCUACAUUGGAGCAUGGAGUGCAAAAACCAACAACCGUUAUCAAUUUCUGCAGGUGGAUUUUUCAAGGGCAGCUCAUAUUGUCAGAGUCGCAACCCAGGGGAGGCAGGACUUAAGGCAGUGGGUAACACAGUAUUAUCUCAGAUACUCCUUGGACGGAAUUCACUUUGUUGAUUACAAGCAACGACACACCAGAAAGUAUUUCCCCGGAAAUCGAGAUCAGAACACAGUUGUGUCACACGCGCUGGUGCCCAAUAUCAGAACUAGGAUCAUCCGUAUUGUACCCUGGCAUUGGUAUGGACACAUCUCCAUGCGAGCAGAGUUUUAUGGAUGUCUUACAGAUCAUUGUAGCAUGCCUCUUGGUGUAGAAGACUAUCGCAUACCCUCUGGUUCAUUGCAAGCAUCAUCCACCUGGAACUACAACCAUGGUCCAGACCGCGCGCGAAUUAACUUUCCUUCGGGACAUAGUCGUGCAGGGGCCUGGGUUGCGAAAGGUAGAGACGCAAAUCAGUGGCUACAGGUGGAACUGGAUCGACCGGCCAAAGUUACAGGCGUGGCUACGCAGGGUCGACAUGAUGUCCACCAGUGGGUGACCAGCUACACAGUGUCGUACAGUUUGGAUGGAAAAUCGUUCAAGGCGUAUCUAGAAUUUGGGAGAACCAAGGUUGGUUAUUAUUUCUAUCCAAUAUUCCUCGGAAACUUCGAUCGCUACACCAUCGUGAUACACGAACUUGCUCCUCCGAUCAGAGCCAAAUUUGUCCGAUUUCAUCCGAAGUCGUUCCGAAGCUCCAUCGCCAUGAGGGUGGAGGUUUUCGGGUGCUAUUACGGAGGAGGUAAGGGUAUGUUUGUGACAUGUGCGAUUAUCUAA